UUGUUAGUUUUUUAUUGGUUAUGUUUUGAAUUAUUAAAUAUAGAGUCUUCAACCAUAGACUUUAUUUGCAGAGCUAUGCCGGAGAGCCCAAGUAAAUCUGCCCCAAAAUGGCAUCACCCAAAAGAUGUUAUGAAAAUUCACAAGUUAAAACUUAAAAAGAAACAAUUGCAGGCCAGAAUCAAUAACUCUUCGCCAAAACCUGUUGAACAAAUUUCGACACCUUUUGAAGAUGUCUUUUGUGCCCGCAAAAGGAAAAAUCCUUUUCUGGCAGCCAACGAGUGUAAAAAGUCGAAACCUGAAAUUUCUAGUGUUUUGGAUGAGUCUAGUGAUCAAACACUGUUUAAACUUUUAAAUCAAACCCCUCCAAGAACUACAACAAAUGAUUCCUUAACAUCAUUUAAUAAUAUUUUAAAUAAAAUUAAUGAAAAUAGUGACAAUAAGGAGAAUGAUGGUGUGGAGGUUGUAAAGGCUCAGGGUGAAAAAUGGUUACCCAUUGACUGGGGACUGAAAAAUAAGGUUCGAUUACUUUCUGAAAAACCAUUUCCCUGGAAUCAAAAACUAAAACUGAGUGAAGAGGCCUCUGGGAUAACAGGUUUUACAAGGUGUUUAGACUCCAAUUGUGAAACAAAACUUGACACAUCACCAAAUGCAAAAUUUCACCAGUGCUGUUUAUAUUGGCAACAGCCUUCAUUACCUUGGCUAAAUCUCUUCCCUAGAACCACCACUAAAGCCACACAAGCUGGUGCUAGUUGUGUAACCAAUUCAGCAGUCAGAGACAGCUUACAAGCAGCUUGGUCUGAUAGUUUAAGAUCUCUAUUUCAACUGCUAAGAACAAGACAAUGUCCAUAUUUUUAUGCUUGUGCAAACAAUUUUACUGUUUUAUUUAGAGCGUCGGGGAUUUGCGGUUAUAGGGAUGUUCACGCACUGAUUACUCCAACAACAAGAGGCUUCAGACAGAUGUUGAAUCAAGAGAAGAUUGAAUUUACAAUGCCACUGAAGAAGAGAAAAAUGUCUGAUCAAGGGUUAGGCACUGAAGAUUCAUCAGAAAAUGACAAAAAAGAAGUACAGGAGGAAAAACCUGAUGAAGAAGAGGAGGAAGCUCCUGAUGAAAAAUGGAUGAAGACUAUGGGAAUUAAUGCUGAUGAUAUAAAACAAAUUAAUUAUACUCAGGAAAAAAUUAUAUAUAAAUCAGAAUGCCAAGUAGAUAACAGUGAACAGAGCUUGGUAUUAGUUGAGGGCGUGGAAGUCCAUGCUCUGUACAACUUCUUGAUAAACUGUAAAAGUGCAACCGCUGCGACUGGUGCUCUGGCCGGAAUUCCGCCGACACUGCUUGCUCCGGUCGCUUUCCACGGUGCUACCUUGAGUUCCCUAAAGGUGCGGGAAAACAAAGUACAUAUAGAUGACGCUAAUUACUACUCGCUAGAUCUAACAGGACCAAUUUUACCAAGUACAAUGCACAGUUUAUUUGCUUUAAAUGAGCCUGAUCAUAGUAUGACUAUUACAUUUAACAGUGUAGUGAGCACAAAUUCUUUUAGUAAAAUUACUAGUGAUGAUUUGGAGAGUGAGGGCAGUGUAGUCUUUGGAAAAGAGAAUUUAUCUGAUUGUGGACUAAAUUCUAAGGUGCUAGAACAUUUUAGUGAACCUGAUAACAAGCAUAUUACCAGUGUGGAAUGCAUAAAAUAUAUAAGUGAGAACAGAACAUACACUUGGACUUAAUUAUAAGUGUUAGUAAUUUUAGUAUGUGAUUAGUAUUGUAAUAAUUUAUUAUUGUUUUAAGAAUUAUUUAAGUCACUAUUUAUAUUAAUUACUAACAACAUAAGAUUGCAAUAAAAUAUUUUUAAUGUC